AUGUACACUCGACUAUCGAAAAUUCAGACCGGGUCGUUUAGCACUGUCUAUCGGGCAUUCGACUCCGGCAGCCAGCAGGACGUGGCUCUGAAAAUCGUCGAAAAGCCUGCCGACCCGGCGACAGCGGAGAAGCUGGCGCGGUUGGUGGCGCGAGAAUACGACAUUCUCAAAAGACUGGGAAAAGGACAUCGAAACGUCUGUGCGUUGCUGGACUUCCACGAGCGUGACACCUGCUAUGUUUUUGUCAUGGAGUUUGCAGCGCGGGGCGAUCUGUACGAUAUCAUCCGCAGCUGGAAGACUCGAAGCGAGACUCGAGUGCAGAUCGAUUUUGCCAUGUUGGUGGCACAGCUAUGUUCUGCUAUUCAGUACGCGCACUCCAAAGGCAUAGCUCACAGAGACAUCAAACCGGAAAACGUUCUGAUUGAUGCCGAGGGGCAGGUUAAGCUAGCCGACUGGGGUCUCAGCUGCACCACACGAAUCUCCCACGACGUCCAUAUCGGCACCGAAAAAUAUCUUGCACCCGAAGGACACACAAGUCCUCAUGAUACGUUUUUGGCAGACUACUGGUCGCUGGGGAUAACCCUGCUCUUUGUCAUGUUCGGGGCGUGCCCCUUCAAAAGUGCACAUCCUUCCAGGAAAACCAGAAACCCAAAUUUCACGCAUUUUGUGUCCAACCCACAUCAGUUUAUCUCGGAGUACUAUUUUGAACCGCUACGCGCUGGUCGCGGCACCCUAAAAACGAGUUCCAAGUUGCGGAGAGACAGCGCAAGUGUCGAAGCUCCGGCGGAAUGGUUAUGUCUUCCGCAGGUUGGCUACCCAACCCUAAGUCGGGAACAGUUGUUGAUUCUGUCUGCAACAUAUGUGGCGACAAACCUCCUUUUAGUCAACCCUGCCGCCCGGAGCAUGCAGACAUUUUUUGUUCGCAUGACUGGGCUGCUCUUGCCCAAUAAGGUACCCUCGGGGUUUAGCAAGUCUGGGGAUUUGUCACAGAAACUCGCCUCCAGCUCUGGUUCUGACUCUUCUGAUGAUUUGUAUGCUAACUUCUUCUAUUCUGGUCUGGUGACCAAUCCCAACGCUGUCGCUUCAUUAUACGGAGAUCAUCGUGACAGUAUCUCAGCCGAUGGCAGCUCCACCUCUGGGGGGAAUAUGUCAGGCAGUAUCUCGGCAGGUAGCACCACGUCAAGUAUUCCCAACUCUGAGGAGACUCGGGUUGAAAAAUCGCCAUCAAAAGACGUUCCAAAAGGCAAUCUUGUAUCAUCGACGGACUUGCUGUCUGAUGAACUUGAAUGCCAAACCGUGGGAGCUUAA